AAACGAAUUCUCCAUGUAUUAAAACACGGAUUAAAUUAGUUAAAUUUGCGUUUACGUGUACGAAACAGCAGAUUUUACAAACACGCCAGCUGACGGCACAUCUGUGACGCCACACUCCAUCCGGGUCCUGCGCCUGGGCCAUGACGUCACGGGGUCCAGGAAUGGCGGCGCUGUCUGCAGAGAGAAGCAGCCCAAAGAGCCAGAAACUUUAUUCCUAACAUCGCUUAGCGGCUACGCGAGCUCCACCGCCCCACCGACCGCCAUAUCAUCCUCUUAAAGAGCCAGCGCGACGACGGAACCCAGUCUCGACGCUGUUACCGCUGAAUUCCGACGUCCCAGGCUCUAUUAGUUUGCUUGACUUUGCGAGGGCCAAAAGACAAGAGCAAAGACAGCGACUAACGGUACAUAAAACAACAACAAGCGCCCCGAAGCAGGCUCUUUCGAGUCCGUCCAUUUCAUAGAAGGAUCUUACUUGUGUUUUGCUAGUUUCUUGUCUUGCUCAUACACCGAAAGGCACGACACUGGCCUGAUAAGGUGAAGCCACCAGCUGCGGGUUUGAUGCCACGAUGGAGAGUUUAACACUGAGCGAUGUCGAGCAGAAAUAUUACUCUGAACUCUUCCUCUCCUGUGAUGUGGAUAACGCCAAGAAAGUGGCUUCCAACGGCAAAGUUCUGGACCUCUUCCGGGCGGCCCAGCUCUCAAACGAAGUGGUCCAUCAGAUUACUGAACUUUGCGGGGCCACACGCCUCGGUCAUUUCGGUCGGAGUCAGUUCUACAUUGCACUGAAGCUCAUUGCACUGGCCCAGUCUGGACUGCCCCUGCGCGUGGAGAGCCUGAACAGUGUCAGGGAUCUGCCCCUCCCUCGCUUUGUGAUGGGCAAGAACGAGCAGGAGACGAGACAUGCAGUCAUGUUCACAGACACAGAGAACCAGGGACCCUACCUCCCCAGACCUCCAGGCCGAGUGCAAGCCAAAAAAGUGUCAGCGCAUGAGAUGAUUCAGCCUUGUGUGCCCACCGUAGAUCCACAGCCGGACACCACAUCUCCUGUAGUGUCACCGCACCAGUCCCCUCCCACUUCGCCCCAUGCCUGGAGGAAGCACAAACGCCAAGCCAGUGGUGGAAAUGUGGACAGACAGCCCUCAGUGCCAGGAGUUGUUUGGCCACCUUUUAGAGAAGCACAGCCAGGACCAGUUACUGGUGAUGGGAUGUGGUCCGCCCAUUCACCCCCUCCUGUCCAGGAAAGUUGGGUCAGUUUUACAGACACGCCCCCCUCCAGCACACUUCCAAUGCAUCCCCCCUCAGCUCAGCCGGAGAGCACAACAGUACGAACUGUGCCAUCUGCAAUGCCCACAAAUGAAAUCCAAAGACAGACCAGCGGUUAUGAUGACCCCUGGAAAAUCACAGAUGAGCAAAGACAGUAUUACAUAAACCAGUUUAAGACCAUUCAGGCUGAUCUCACUGGUUUAAUCCCUGGCUCUGCCGCGAAGGAGUUCUUUACAAAGUCAAAGCUGCCUAUUCUAGAACUGUCUCACAUUUGGGAGCUAUCAGACUUUGAUAAAGAUGGUGCACUGACCCUGGAUGAGUUCUGUGCUGCAUUUCAUCUUGUGGUCGCUAGAAAAAAUGGUUAUGACCUUCCUGAAAAGCUCCCAGAGAGCCUAAUGCCAAAGCUUAUUGACUUGGAUGACUCAGCAGGAGUUCCAGAACCUGCUCCUGAGGUGGGCUUUUCUGCUUCCCCUGUGGAGGUCACUCCAAAUAAGUCUCCUUCCAUGCCUUCCCUAAACCAGAACUGGCCUGAGCUCAAUCAAAGCAAUGAGCAGUGGGAGACUUUUAGCGAACGCUCCUCAAGCUCACAAACUCUGACCCAAUUUGAUUCUAACAUUGCACCAGCUGACCCUGAUACAGCAAUAGUCCACCCUGUGCCCAUUCGUAUGACACCCAGCAAGAUCCACAUGCAAGAGAUGGAGCUCAAGAGAACUGGAAGUGAUCACACACAUCCAACAAGUCCGUUAAUGGCGAAACCACCAGAACUUUCUGAUGAGACCAAGUUAGCAGCAACUAUUAAGUUUCCUGGUACCACUGUUGGAGAUGGCUAUAGCAGCUCAGAUUCAUUUACAUCUGAUCAAGAGCCCAUUUCCAGUGCUGUGAACAGACAAAGGUCUCACUCUGGCACUUCUCCGGAAGGACUGAAGGUUGUGGCUCCGCCCCCACCUCCACCCCGCCCCCACGCCUCUCACUCACGGUCCUCCUCUCUAGACAUGAACAGAAACUUUGCCGCUGUCCCUGCAGGUCCGCAGCAGCCGGGUGUAGUUGCCUUUCCCCCAGCAGUGCCUCCCAGACCACUGCCCACACAGACAUCAGUGCCACAUGGUCACCGUUCGGCAGAGGGAGAUGGUCUUCCAGCACAUGCCAGCACGUCACCCCAGCAGAUGCCAGAACAGCCCAACUUUGCUGACUUCAGCCAGUUCCAGGCUUUUGCUGUAGACCAGCCGGCAGACGAUGGAGAGAAACCAUCUGACAGUGGACAGGCAGAAAGAUGUGCAGAAACCACUGGGACGAUGAGAACAGCAAAGAACGACGUUCAGGCAGAGGAACGAAAUGCAACCACUGUCAACUCUGCCAAAGUAUCCACUCCAUUGGCCCCACCCCCUAAACCCGUUCGUCGAAGACUGAAAUCAGAAGAUGAGCUCAGACCAGAUGUGGAGGACCUUCCGCAAAAGUCUAACGUCAUAGCCACUGUUCUAGCAACCCAGCCCUCAAUUCCACGGUCUAUCGGUAAAGAUAAGAAGGCCAUCCAGGCUUCCAUUAGAAGAAACAAAGAAACGAAUACUGUUUUAGCCAGACUCAACAGUGAAUUACAGCAGCAGUUGAAGGACCUGCUCGAAGAAAGAAUAUCGCUUGAAGUGCAACUGGAACAGCUUAGACCUUUUUCGCAUUUGUAAACCGUGUGUGUGUGUUCGCUUCAGAUUGAAUGUUUGUGUGUAUGAAAGAGUGAUUACCCCAGUUUUUUUUGUUUUUGUUUUGGGUUUUUUUGAGUGGUCUGUUGGAUCCUCUGGCAGGAUGUCCAUUUCACCCGUCUCCACUCCUCUGCCGACCGCGUGAGAAGAGACACAGUCGCUGCUUCCUCCAGACUGUUCUGUCUCGCACAGUCGUUCAGAGGGAUGGGGUGCAGGAACUUUAUCCGUUAUGGCACUUUGAUGAAACAGAAAGUCUGAGUGGUUGUAUGUAUAAUACCCCAGACAUUGCAGGUUCUGUUUAGCGUCUGAGGCAAGAGCCUGACGUCAUGGCCGGCAGGAGGCUGUAAUUCUGGUAAACAUGAAGGAGCCUCUUCCCCUCCUGUUCUCCAGAGUCCUGAGGCAGCUUGUCAUGUUCUUCCAUGUUAAGAGGCACCCGUGUGUGCUCAGACAAUCAUGUUAGGCCAUGCACUGGUCGUACAGAGGGGAGAACAGAUUAUUGGGAGAUCAUGCUAUUUCUGAUCAUACUAAACCAUUCUGAAGAAUAAUAAUAAUAAGGGUGGCUGAUCUUUUUUAAAAAAUAAGGACAGUAAACAAGGAUUUCAAGCUCCAGUGAUGCAAAAGAUGCUCCAAAAAAGUGUGCUAUAUUGAAAUGAUUUCAUGGUCAUAUGAUUAGCGAUUGCAAGGAACAGACAGAUUUUUUUUUUUAUGCUGUUACCGAAUCAUUGAGUCUUACUUAAGCACUGAAUCAGUCAAAUUUGUGAAUGAUUCAUUUUUUUAUGUUUAAUUUGAAUCGUUUAAAAGUUUCAAACGAAUCAAAUUAAUCUUAUGUUUACAACUCAAGACAGUCACUUCUCUUACAGAAACAUGGCAUUACUAAUAAAUAAAAAAAAAAUUCAGUCUGUUCCUCGCGCAAAAGCUAUUACGUGGAUUUAAUAGUUUGAAAUAUAAUGCAAAUGUUGUGUGGGAUACUGUUAGUAAGCCCUCUCACCAUAUCAAAAAGAGCGACAAGGAUAUUCUUUCAAAAAAUUCGCUUUUUGUUUCACAUAAAAGUAAAAAAAACUUUCGCGUUUUGGGCAAAUGUCAGGAUUGUUAUUUUUAGAUGAACUGCCCCUUUAAUAUUUCUUCCUCGCCAUACCAGUGGGCGGCACAUCUGUGCGUGUUUGUUUCAUGCGCGUGAGAGUUUGAGGACAACAGUUAAAAAUGUAUGGCCUCCAAAAAACCUCUUUCUUUUCUUCUCUUAACACACUCUGUUGUGUUAUUACAAAACGACCUGUUUAACCUUGUACAGUCUUUCACCCCGGGAUGGCAGGCGUCCCUCUUUCAGUCUCAAAUGUUGUACUUCAUACGGUACACGAUCUGAUUCAGUCCCGCAUCAUAAAAUCACGUGACAUCAUCAUCAGUUUGUAAACCUCUGGCUUUCAUUUGUCAUUUCUCCUCACUAUUUUCGCAUGUCGUUCUCGGUCUCAUUUUGUAUAAAAGGCUCUUAACAACGAACCACUCGAUUUGUAUCUGUAACGUCUGAACUAAUGUGACGUUUGUGUUGUUACAUAGACUUGCACCGUGUCUUUCAUUUGUCGGUUUGUUUUGACCGUAUUUUUUUUUUUUUUUUCUUCUUUUACUCAUCCUUAAAGCCUUACUUCCUGGUGUGCAGGUUUUCACAGUAAUGUACCCCCCCAACCCCCACCCCUAAUGUUAAAUCAAGGUGAGCCUUUUCUCCCUGCUGUUCAGGCUGAUUUACUGUAUCAGGGGUAUGUUGUAUAUUGUAUGAUACACACCUUUUGAUCUCAUAUGUAAAUUUGCAUUAAUUGCUGACUAACAGCAAAUAUUCUAUUUAAUUGCUUAUAUAAUGGCUGUGGGAUCAUAAAUGUUUAACUGCAUGGAUGUGUCUCUGCAGAAUGAACUAGCAGCUGUGUGAUUUUUACACAAAAUAAAAAUGGCACAAUAUUUUAA